AUGCAUUUGAUGUACACAACUGGCCCAGACGGCAAGAGAAUCUACACUUUGCAGAAGAUCACCGAGUCUGGUGAAAUUACCAAGUCUGCGCACCCAGCCAGAUUCUCUCCAGACGACAAAUACUCCAGACAGAGAGUCACUUUGAAGAAGAGAUUUAACAUGCUGCCAACUCAGCAAGAGAACCUCAAGUACUAA